CAAAAGGGGCGGCGCUAUGGGUAACGAUUUAGGACAAACCUCCACCACAAACGAUUCGGAGCACAGGUAAUGCGAAAGAGGAAUAAUUCGUUGACCGCGGAUCAUGACAGCAUUGUCACUGCUAACAGCAACACACUGCUGGACAGCAGCUCGCACUUAAAAUACGAGCACAAGAAAACAGGAGGGGAUCCCGGAACCGAAGUUCUGUAUCAUCCUGUAGAACCCGAUUCGAAAAAAACGAUGAAGAGAACAUUCCGAAGGAAUGUUCUGUUCUCCCGAUUAAAGAGGCUUCUCAUCUGGGUGAUUGGACUGUACAUAGCCAUUCCAUUCAUAAUAAAACUCUGCCCUGCCAUUCAGGCCAAACUGGUAUUUCUAAACUUUGUGCGUAUGCCAUACUUCAUUGACUUGAAGAAGCCACAGGACCAAGGCUUGAACCACACCUGUAACUUCUACCUUCAACCAGAGGAGGGGCUCAAUAUUGGUGUCUGGCACACUGUCCCCGAGGCUCUGCAGAAGGAGGCUCAGGGAAAGGAACAGGCUUGGUUUGAAAGUACCUUAGACUCCUCCCACCACAUUAUCUUGUAUUUACACGGCAAUGCUGGGACCAGGGGUGGGGACCACAGAGUGCAGCUAUAUAAGGUCCUUAGUUCCUUAGGGUACCAUGUAGUCACAUUUGAUUACAGAGGGUGGGGGGAUUCUGAUGGAAGCCCCUCAGAAGGCGGUAUGACUGCCGAUGCAAUCUUUAUGUAUGACUGGGUGAAAAAGAGGAGCAGAAGCCACCCACUUUAUAUCUGGGGUCACUCAUUAGGAACAGGCGUAGCCUCAAACUUAGCAAGACAUCUGUCUGAAAGAGGGAGUCCUCCUGAGGCCUUAAUCCUAGAGUCUCCAUUUACCAACAUACGGGAAGAAGCUAAAAGCCAUCCAUUUUCAGUGAUUUAUAGAAACCUGCCUGGAUUCGACUGGUUCUUUUUAGAUCCAAUAACUGCAAGCGGUAUACGAUUUGCAAACGAUGAGAAUGUGAAACAUAUCUCGUGUCCUAUGCUGAUCCUCCACGCAGAAGACGAUACCGUUGUUCCAUUUCAUCUUGGAAAAAAGCUUUAUACAAUUGCCGCUAGCUCCCCCAGCCUACGUGGACACAAAGUUCAGUUCAUUCCAUUCCAGAAGGCCCUCGGUUACAGACACAAGUUCAUCUACAGGAGUCCAGAGUUGUCACAUAUAUUGAGGGACUUCCUUAGCACAUCUGAGUCACGUGCAUAGCUGCACAAUGCGGAAUCUGGAUCAAUUUUCCCCCCUAUCAGCAUGAGAAGAUGCUUUGUUGAUUUCUAUCAUUCCUUAAAAAUAGAGAGAGAGAAAGAGAGAGACAGAUACUUGGGUCUGUUUUUGUUUUGUUUUGAUUUUUGGUGCAGGAGGACAGCAUGUACUUUUAACGUAAAAUAUACAUACAAAAAUGACAAAAGAUAAAAUGCACUAACAAGCUUUAUUCUGCAAACUAGGGUCACGGACCUCACAAAACAGAUGAAGAAAAAAGAAGGGUCUGGGUGGGAUUAUUUGCACAUCAUAUCUAAAUAAUGUGAAAGUACUGUAGUUUCUUUGAAAUUAAUGUGCUGCAUCUGCUGUGAAUGGAAAAUCCAGUAUCCUUGCCUAAAAACAAUAUCACAUUUCUAGAUGUAUUACUUGUUUAUAACAGGUCCUUAAUCGAAAGUGUUUUGCAUUUUUGUUUUAUGCACUGUUAUGGCUAGCCAUUAAUUUAUUAUUACUUCAUUACUUUUCCACAAGCCUCUAACAUUCUGAAAUUGCUAAAUUGAACUAAAUACAAGGUAGCUUAUGUGGAUAAGCUGGAAAUCUGUUGACCUCUCUUUCCAAAAAGGAAUAAAAAGAAAUCCCCUACCUCCUGCUGUUUGAAGGGUUAGACCCGCAAAUCUUUAUCUCCAUUCCCAUGACAGCAGUUGUAUAAGGCCCUGUCCACACUACAUAACCGAUGUCGAGAACCGUACUCAAACAAACUUUUUAAUUAAUCCAGCUCGAAGCGUCCACACUGAAGUACCGUUUCAUGUUUAUUCAAGCUUAAUGCGUACAAACGCUUUUAAAAUAAUCUGGUUACAGUUCGUAGCAGCGCAAUGAACAGUGGAAAUAAUACUAUAGUAUCCCACUGUGCACUGUAUUUUAUUUUAAAAUAAUGUGUUAUGCUCCAUAUUAAUAGAGGUCCAUAUUGCUAAAAAGAAAUAAAACAAGUAUUUUGAAGUGAAUGCAAGUGCGUACACACACACACACACACGUAGGGCUUGAAGUUUUCAGGUUUUAUUUUUAAUCAGGUGAGCUGAUUCUGUUUCUCAGAAAAAAAGCUGUUAAUUACAAAACAAUCUUUGUUUUUACCUUCUAUCUUGCCUGAGCCUAAUGCUGGUUACCUUAAUUUUAUUUCAAACAGAGCUGACAAGUUAUAUGAAUUGUUCAUCAUUGAUCCUACUUUUAACUUGCAUUUCAUUUUUGCAGACGCCUAAUUUUAAUCGUGUGCUUUUGUUAUUUUCCCCACUAGUUUAACAGAGAUAUCCUGACUGAUUUUUUUUAAGCAUAGAAAUGAAUACCCAGUGCGGAGUGUACACUGAUAGCAAGUCCUUCAGAAGCCUGCUCUGAGUAUUUCGCCAAACAUCAAAAAGCAUUUUGGGAUACUGGAGGAUUCACAAAAAAUGUAGUUCAGUAUUACAACGCCCACACUUCUGACAAACCGCACUACCUGAUGCGAUCAAAUUUAGAACCGGACUUGAGACUACCUCGAGGUGGUCUUGAGUCCGGUUCUCGAGUACGGUAUUAAACGCUGUGUCGUGUGGACGCUACCCGUGUUUCGCACUUUUAAGCCGUUUUAAAAGUAACUAAUACGGUUUAAAGGUAUAGUGUGGACAGGGCCUUAGAUUUGUAAUAUUGUUAUGUGGGUAAACACUGGAAUUCAGGUUAUAUCUGAGUGCACUGGAAACCUGCAGCUACAGAAAUAGGAAACGGCAGGCACUAGCAUAUUUAUAACAGUUAUCUUUCAGGUUUUAAACUAUGCAUGUUUAUUAACAUUAACGCGGCAACACAUUUUAAUCUAUUUUUUUUAUUUUUUAUGAAUGUUAAUUUUAGGAAAAAAUAAUUCUGCAUAAGAGUGACAAAGCGGUUUUAGUUCCAGAAACAGUUCUGUCGACCCAGAUGAAGCUCAAGCUAAGCUACGGAUUUGCAACAAGGAUUGGUUGGUUUACUGACCGUAAAGGUGUAACCAAUGUUUAGCAUAUCAGAGGGUUUUAAAUAAGUGUCAAGCCAUCAUUUGACAUAUCUGUCAUUUAUUACCCCGAGUCCCCAUUUUAUCUUUCUCACCAAAAACUUGAAUAAUAAGUGUGGUAAUCCACAGCAAUUUUCUACAAUACGUGUGUUAUAGUCAGAUCUAGGGGGCAAGUUGAGUGCUUCACUUCUCAGAUGUCUACCAACUACAUUGAUUGUGCUCCUGACAGUCAGCAACGUUGGUAAAUGUCAAAUUGUGAAAGCGCUUGUAACAGUUUCACAAAACUGUAGCAGACCCCCUUCACUUUGCUUGAUGUAUUUUGGCAUAGUUGAGCACCAUCCAACACAGGACUUUUAGAAGCCUGACAGUCAACGUGUCAAUAUGGAUGCAUGAUGGCUUCAUGUAUAUCACCUCCUACUGGCACUGUGCUGUUCUAGUUUUUGUAAUAGAAACAGGGAUGUCUUUUUUCUGAAUCCUUUUUCUAAAAGGAAAGGGUCAAGUUAAUCAUAAACUGGAACAAUAUACAUAUUAAUAUUUUUGCUUUGGCCCACACGUGGAUUAUGAACUCAUAAGGUAAUGCUUGCUUGUACAACGUCUGUUUUACUAAGUGCAAUAAUAAUAAUAAUAAUAAUAAUAAUAAUAAUAAUAAUAAUAAUCUUAGCCUUUCUUAUGAAGUGCAGUAACCACUCCUUUAAUAUAUUUUCAGUGUAUUGUCUUCUGUGAAUUUAACACAGAGUCAAAACAAGGUCUAAAUAACCUGGACAAUGUACUGUAUAUUACACCUUUAGCAGCUUCAACAAUACUAACAAAUACAAUUUUUGAGGACAGCUUUUAAUCUGUUUUGAGGGUACAGUUGGCUGAUUUUGUUUGUUUGUUUUUUCUUCCUUUUAUUUGUAAGCUGCUAACCUAAACUUGGCUCAAUGGUUAAGGAUUGUUUUAUGUAUGUUUUUAAAAUAAACAAAAUAAGUAUGUGAA